AUCUGUAAAGCCAUCACAUGUUACAUUUUUAUAGUGGAAAGAGUAUAAUCGAUUAAUAAUAUUAAAUGUUCUGUUUUUAGUGUAUACAAAACAUUAUGUCUCAUUUAAAAGAAGGCAUUCCUCUACAUCCUUCUAUUAUAUAUUCUUGGGGACAUCUUGCUUCAAAUCACCUUUUUAAGUUUAUUAACUUUGUUGAUCCAUUCUUAUCAGCUAUUUGCUCAAUUUUACUUCUGACCAAGUCAGAUGCACUGCGUAAAAUUUAUGGUACAGUGAUUGGUGAGAUGUGUGCGUCUGUUAUUGAAUAUGAACCAUCAGUUAUAGAUGCAACUAAACAAAAUUUGUCACCUAAAUUAGAAAAAAUAUACAAAAUUAUUAAUGAUGUUUGGUUAAUUUCCAAGGAUAUAAAGAUAUUAAACAAGAUGACUCAAGAAGGAACCAGUAAGACAUUAGCAGAUCCAUCAGUUUGGGAGGACAGCGAUCGGGUAGAGGAUGCGAUUUUACUCAUGUCUAAUGAAGCAAUAAUAUCACGCACCCGUCUACUAGACAAUGACAUAAAAGUCAUGAAAAGUGAUAUUAUGCGUAUUUCGCAUGAAAUGCGAUUCCAAGCUGAUAAAAUUAGAGAAAACACAGAUAAGAUUAAAGUCAACAAGACAUUACCUUAUUUGGUAUCUAAUGUCGUAGAGUUAUUAGAUGUUGACCCACAAGAUACUGAAGAAGGUAGUGCUGUUGUUGAUUUAAACAGCAGAAAAACAGAGAAAUGUGCAGUUAUUAAAACAUCAACAAGACAAACUUACUUCUUACCUGUUGUUGGUCUGGUAGAUCCAGAACAAUUAAAACCAAGAGAUCUGGUUGGUGUUAACAAAGAUUCGUAUCUAAUACUAGAAACAUUACCAGCUGAGUAUGAUUCUCGUGUUAAAGCAAUGGAGGUUGAUGAAAGACCAACUGAACAAUAUGUAGAUAUCGGUGGCUUAGACAAACAAAUUCAAGAGCUUAUUGAAGCUGUAGUGUUACCUAUGACCCAUAAAGAUAAAUUCCUUAAUCUCGGUAUACAACCACCAAAAGGAGUUCUUUUGUAUGGUCCACCUGGUACUGGGAAAACACUUUUAGCUCGUGCAUGUGCUGCUCAAACAAAGUCGACAUUUUUAAAGCUUGCUGGUCCACAAUUGGUACAGAUGUUUAUUGGUGAUGGAGCAAAAUUAAUACGAGGUGCAUUUGCUUUAGCUAAAGAAAAAGCUCCUGCAAUAAUAUUUAUUGAUGAAUUGGAUGCUAUUGGUACAAAACGUUUUAAUUCUCAAAAAGCCGGUGAUCGAGAAGUACAAAGAACGAUGUUGGAACUCCUUAAUCAAAUGGAUGGUUUUACUUCAACAGCUGAUAUAAAAGUGAUUGCAGCUACUAAUAGAGUAGAUAUUUUGGACCCAGCAUUGUUGAGGUCUGGUAGAUUAGAUAGAAAAAUUGAGUUCCCACACCCCAACCAAGAAGCUCGUGCACGUAUUAUGCAGAUUCAUUCAAGGAAAAUGACCAAAUUUGAUGUUAACUUUGAAGAACUUUCAAGAUCUACUGAUGAUUUUAAUGGGGCACAAUGCAAGGCUGUUUGUGUUGAAGCUGGUAUGAUUGCUUUGAGAAGAGGUGCAUCAACUGUUACUCAUGAAGAUUUCAUGGAUGCCAUAAUGGAAGUCCAAGCUAAAAAGAAAUCCAACUUAAGCUAUUAUGCUUAAAAAAUUAACAGAACAUAUUCAUUUAUAUCUUUGUAAUGGUUUUUUCAUCUACAAAUAAAUAAUUAAACUAUUUCUUCA